CGGCCGUUCUCAUUUGUCCCUCUGCGGCCCCCGUCGGAGUUGCAGGAAGGGGUGGAUUGUCUGUCUGGGCUGGCGCAGUUCAGCGAUGGCGGAAUAUACCUGCGUGAAAUCCACCAAGCUCGUUCUCAAGGGGGCGAAGCUGAAAAGUAAGAAAAAACACAGAGAUAAGAAAAGAAAAAGAGAAGAAAAUGCAGAAGAUCAGCUUGAUAUUGUUGGAAGCUGGUGGGCAGUAAAAAAUUUUGGUGAAAUCACAGGAACUGUGGCAAUAGAACUGGACAAGGGAGCUUAUAUUCACGCUCUUGACAAUGGCCUUUUUACACUUGGAGCACCACAUAAAGAGGAUGAUGGCCCUAGUCCUCCUGAGCAGUUUACAGCAGUAAAGUUGUCUGACACCAGAAUUGCACUGAAGUCUGGCUAUGGCAAAUACCUUGGCAUAAAUUCAGAUGGUCUUGUUAUUGGACGAUCAGAUGCAAUAGGAUCAAGAGAGCAAUGGGAACCUGUCUUCCAAGAUGGGAAAAUGGCUUUAUUAGCAGCAAAUAGCUGCUUUAUCACCUGUAAUGAAGAGGGAGAUAUAGAAGCCAAAAGUAAAACUGCAGGGGAAGAAGAAAUGAUAAAGAUCCGUACUUGUGCUGAAAGAGAAGCUAAGCAGAAAGAUGACAUUCCAGAAGAAGACAAAGGAAAUGUUAAACAAUGUGAAAUCAAUUAUGUAAAGAAGUUCCAAAGUUUCCAAGAUCGUAAGCUCAAAAUCAGCCAAGAAGACAGUAAAGCUCUCAAAAAAGCUAGAAAAGAAGGCAGUUUCCAUGAGACGCUGCUGGACAGGCGAGCAAAAUUGAAAGCCGAUAGAUACUGCAAGUGACAAAAACAAUUUGCUUGUUUGCUUGCUUUUAUAUCCUUUGGUUGUCCAUCUGAACAUACUAUCUGAAUAAGACAUUUUGCAGAAGUGACUUUAUUAAUGCAAAGACUUUUUUGUUCCUACUUCUCAUUAGAGUUACUUUACACAGCACUGAAAUUUGGUAUGCAGAAUUUGAUCCAAAACCAAAUAGCUUUAGCAAAUUGAAUUGUCGAAGGUUGAGAGAAGCAACUCAGUAGUCUGAAGGUCAUGAUGAACAGUCAAGAAGAGAAGAGCUGAAUACAGAACCAAACUACAAAGUUACCCUGACAAAUUGUAUUUUCAUGAAUAAAUAAAUAUUUUAUCAAACUAAUGUCUCUCUGAACAUAUGGGACUGAAGUCUCAGCUUGACUUCAGUGAAGCUAUGCUGCCUGAUACCAGCUGAGGAUCUAGAGUGGUUUUCAAUAUUUAUAGAGAACAAUGGGUCAUUAAGGGAAUACUUGCAUAAACUAUGUACUUGAAAAACAGCAUGGAGAAAUGAAGAAAUGUAGAAAUUGAGGUUUUCAUGACAAAAGGAGACCCCUUAAUUACUCAUAUGUUGCUGAUGUUUUUAUGUUUUAGCAAAAUUUGCUAACUUAAAGCUUUUAGAUGGACUUGUUCCUAUCUUUUAAAGUAAAAAUGUUAAAGAAUGUUUAAAAUGCAGAUACUGUGCAUUCCUAAUAACUAUUAUGUAGAAUGCUGGUUGCUAUUUAUGCUUGUUACCAAAAUUUUAUUUUAAUAAAAUCCCUUUAUGGGAAC